UGGCCUGGACAGGACAUUGGUUGUGCUUCUUUUCUUACUGAUCCCAUUUGGUCUCUCUGAUGCUUUUGCUGUGGCUUAACCUGAGCCUGCAGGAGGGAUGAAGGAAUAUCUCAUAAACUGCACCGUACAGCGAGAAUUUCACCUUCUGGCAUUCUCCAUCUCUGCAGACCUUCAGCUUGUGCUCUUCAUUGGGAUCCUGGUAAUGUAUUUACUGACAGUGCUGGGGAACCUGAUUAUCACUGGUCUUAUAUAUCUGACCCCACAGCUCCACACUCCUAUGUACUAUUUCCUGUGUAACCUCUCAGUGCAGGACAUCAUCUACGUCUCCAGCGUCCUUCCCAAAUUCCUCUCUAUCCUGGUAACAGGUGAUGCCAGAAUUACCUUCCCAGCAUGCAUCACACAGAUGUUCUUCUUUGCAUUUUGCGCUGUGUCAGAGUUCACACUCUUAAGUUCUAUGGCCUAUGACCGCUAUGUCGCCAUCUGUAUCCCUCUGCACUAUAUAACCAUUAUGAACAAAAGUUUGUGUAUUAUAUUAUUUUCUAUCUCCUGGUUUGUUGGUUUUUUAAAUUCUUUAUCCUAUGCUGUGUUAGUUUCUACUUUAUCAUUCUGCAAUUCCCAAGACAUAAGUAAUUUCUACUGUGAUUUAAAAACCAUGAUAGCGCUAUCUAGUGAUGACAUCACAUAUAUUAAGAUGUUGGUAUAUGUGGAAAGUAUAUUUUUGGGGCUUACGCCCUUUGUGUUGAUAUUAGUCUCUUAUACAUGUAUUAUUGCUACUGUCAUAAAGAUCCGUAGCUCGGCGGGUAGAGUAAAGGCUUUCUCCAGCUGCUCGUCCCAUCUCACUGUUGUAAUAUUAUUCUAUGGUACAUCACUCAGUUCCUACAUGGUCCCAGAGUCACAGUACUCUCCAGAACAAGACAAAUUUCUCUCCUUGUUGUACACAGCGGUGGUCCCGAUGCUAAACCCUCUAGUUUAUACUCUGAGAAACAAACAGGUUUUGAGAGCCAUGGACAACAUCUUGAAAAGAUACCUAAAAUUUUAA